CUUUAGACGCGCUUCACCCCAAAAUCGCGUCAACCUCCACCGAAGCUCUUUGUAACAAAGAAUCCAUUGCAACUACCCCUCUGUGAUACUGGGGACUGCCAUACCCUUACCACACUUCACUCUUCAUUGCGGUUAUUUUAUUCCUUUUAACCUCAAUCGCAGAGUGCGAUAAUCAUGGCGCCCGCAGCCGCAGCAGAUGUGAAGGACGAGAUGGACAUCGCCGAGAGAGACGUCCAGGACGCAGAUGCCGAGGCCAAGAUUAUCAACGAAGAAUAUAAAACAUGGAAGAAAAACAGCCCAUUUUUAUAUGAUAUGAUCCUAAGCACCGCCCUGGAAUGGCCGACGUUGACAACUCAAUGGUUCCCAGACGUCAAAUCACUCCCUGACAAGAACUACACUACCCACCGCCUGCUCAUCGGCACUCACACAUCAAACGAUGCGACAAACUACCUACAAAUCGCCAAUGUCGAGCUCCCAAAGAAUAUCACCCCGAACGAGCGUGACUAUGACGACGAGAAGGGAGAGAUUGGAGGAUAUGGGAACUCAUCGUCUGGCGAGUCGCCUACCAUCAAGAUGACGAUCGAGCAGAAGAUCGACCACCCUGGAGAGGUCAAUAAAGCGAGAUACCAGCCUCAAAACCCAAAUAUUAUUGCAACGAUGUGCAUCGACGGCAAGGUAUUGGUUUUUGACCGAACUAAGCACAGCAGCCUGCCAACCGGCACUGUGACACCCCAGGCGGAGCUGAGGGGCCACACCAAAGAAGGCUUUGGCCUGUGCUGGAACCCCCAUGAGAAGGGGCAGUUGGCGACUGGUAGCGAAGAUAAAACUGUCAGGUUAUGGGAUCUGAAAUCCGUCACAGCGACCAGCAACAUUGUUAAGCCCUCAAGGACCUACACUCACCACGCAGCUAUCGUUAAUGAUGUUCAAUACCACCCCAUCCACAAGGCCAUAAUCGGAACGGUCUCGGACGAUCUGACUCUCCAGAUCCUGGAUACCCGUGAAUCGGAUACCACAAGAUCCUCACUCCAAGGCACCGGCCACACUGACGCCAUCAACGCGAUCGCCUUUGCCCCUGGUUCUGACCACAUUGUUGCUACUGGUUCGUCUGAUAAGACGAUCGGCAUCUGGGAUCUCCGCAACUUGAACAGCAUGAUCCACUCCCUGGAGGGCCACAACGACCAAGUCACAUCUUUGGCUUGGCAUCCAUUCGAGGAAGCCAUUCUCGGCAGUGGCAGUUACGAUCGUCGUGUGAUUUUCUGGGAUCUGAGCCGUGUUGGGGAGGAGCAGCUGCCAGAUGAUAUUGAGGACGGCGUGCCGGAGCUUCUAUUCAUGCACGGUGGACACACCAACCAUCUUGCCGACUUCUCAUGGAACCAGAACGAGCCGUGGGUUGUCUGCAGCGCUGCGGAAGACAACUUGAUCCAGAUCUGGAAAGUUUCAGAAGCUAUUGUUGGCAAGGACCUGGAAGAUGUGCCAGUCGAUGAAGUCGAGCGCUAAGUGCGAGCCACUAAAGGAGAAAGAAUUAUGUAUGAAUGUAUGGAGAUGACAGUCACCAAUGGGAGAUAUCCAAGUGAAUAUCACGGGACAAAAUGAGUUUAAGGAGUUUAUUUGCAUAGCAUGCCACUGGACUAGCGUAUACAGAUACGUGCGAUGCACAAUGAGGUUUUGUGCUGGUUUACUUUCGACGGAAGUCUAUGCUGCUGCUACGGCACUUUCAUUAUUCUGUUCUUGCGAUCUUGUGAUUGUGAUUUCUAUUGAUCUCCAGUGAGGUGUUUUCCCUUUUAUGAAUGACUAGGUGUCUGUGUUCCAGCGGCCAAUAAAUAUCCCAGUUACGACGAAAACGUGGAGACCUACAGUGGUCACCUCCACAGCUGCAUCAAAUAUUUGCCCAUGGUGUUGUUAAAUAACCGACGAAUGUAUGCCUUGUGAUGAGUUGUUGAAUAAUUGAUGGAUGGUGUCAUAUGGAUGAGUUGUGAAAGGGCAGUGCGAGUCUUGAAAUUAUAAGAUAGGGGAUACGAAAGGUAGAUAAAGAGGAAGAGGGAAG